AUGCAGGAAGCGCCAGCCGCGCUGCCCACAGAGCCGGGCCCCAGUCCCGUGCCUGCCUUCCUCAGCAAGCUAUGGGUGCUGGUGGGCGACCCGAGCACCGACCACCUGAUCCGCUGGAGCCCGAGCGGGACCAGUUUCCUCGUAAGUGACCAGAGCCGCUUCGCUAAGGAGGUGCUGCCCCAAUACUUCAAGCACAGCAACAUGGCGAGCUUUGUUCGGCAACUCAAUAUGUAUGGUUUUCGGAAGGUGGUGAGCAUCGAACAGGGCGGCCUGCUCAGGCCCGAGCGCGACCACGUCGAGUUCCAGCAUCCGAGUUUCGUGCGUGGCCGCGAGCAGCUACUGGAACGCGUGCGGCGCAAGGUGCCCACUCUGCGCAGCGACGACGGCCGCUGGCGCCUGGAGGACCUGGGCCGACUGCUGGGCGAGGUGCAGGCUUUGCGGGGAGUGCAGGAGAGCACCGAGGAGCGGCUGCGGGAGCUCAGGCAGCAAAACGAGAUCCUGUGGAGAGAGGUGGUGACGCUGCGGCAGAGCCAUGGUCAGCAGCACCGCGUCAUUGGCAAGCUGAUCCAGUGUCUCUUUGGGCCACAUCAGGCUGGGUCCAGCAGUGCAGGAGCUAAGAGAAGGCUGUCCCUGAUGCUGGAUGAGGGAUGCUCCUGCCCAUCACCGGCCAAACUCAGUGCCUGUUCCCUACCUGGUGCCCUCUUGCAGGACCCCCACUUUAUCCAGUCGCCCCUCCCAGAGGCCGCCUUGGGCCUCAGCUGCCCUCCCAGGGCCAGGGGCCCCAUCAUCUCCGACAUCCCGGGAGACACUCCAUCCCUUGAAGGGACCAGGCUUUCUCCCUCCACUGGUGGCAGGAGGGAGAAGGGCCUGGCAUUGCUCAAAGAAGAGCCGGCCAGCCCCAGGGGGGAAGGCCAGGCCCAGCUGGCCCUGGCCCCAAACGAGUGUGACUUCUGCGUGACAGCCCCCCCACUGCUACCUGUGGCUGUGGUCCAGGCUAUCCUGGAAGGGAAAGGGAGCUUCAGCCCUGAGGGGCCCAGGAAUGCCCAACAGCCUGAACCAAGGGGUCCCCCAGAGGUACAUGACAGGGGGCCUCUGGGCCUGGAGAGGCGGAGCCAGUGCCCAGAGAGUCUUGAGCCUCCAAUGCUACUUCAGGCCCCACCUGAAAGUGUGGAGCCUGCAGAACCCCUGGAUGUGCUGGGCCCCAGCCUCCAAGGGCAGGAAUGGAUGCUGAUGGACUUGGACAUGGAACUGUCCCUGAUGCAGCCCUUGGUUCCACAGAAGGGUGAGACUGAGCUGACAGUAAAGGGGUUAAAUUCUCCAGGCCCAGGGAAGGCUUCCGCUCUUGGGGCACCACUCCUGCUGGACGUCCAAGCGGCUUUAGGAGGCCCAGCUCUCAGCCUGCCUGGAGCUUUAACCAUUUACAGCCCUCCUGAGAGCCGGGCCUCCUCCCUGGGCCCCGGGGCGGACCCCUCGCCCUGAACCCUCUCCAGUCGGAAGCCACCCUGGCUUGAGGGCUGG